CUUCCUCUCAGGAUGAAGGUGACGGUGGGCCCAGACCCUUCCCUGGUCUACCGACCUGAUGUGGACCCAGAGGUGGCCAAAGACAAGGCCAGCUUCCGGAACUACACACAUGCCCAGUUUGGGGGCUUCUCCUACAAGAAAAAAAAAAUCAUGGAGGCUGUGGACCUGCUGGAUGGGCUGGUGGACGAGUCGGACCCAGAUGUAGAUUUCCCCAACUCCUUCCAUGCCUUCCAGACAGCAGAGGGCAUCCGGAAGGCCCAAAAAAAAAAAGACUGGUUCCACCUUGUUGGGCUCCUGCACGACCUGGGGAAGGUCCUGGCCCUGUUCGGGGAGCCCCAGAGUACAUGA